AUGGCUAAUCUUCUUAAUACACUUCGUGAACGUACAUUACCUGAAUCGAAUUGGAUUCUUGUUCUUCCACCAUGGGGACCACAUUAUCAUUGGUUAUCUUAUAAUCUUCAACGUAGUCAAUUAUCAUGGUCAUUAUUUUUUGAUAUAAAAAGUCUUUCUCAUUUUAUACCUAUUAUUGAAUUUGAAGAUUUUCUGCAUUUAUCAUCAUCAAAAUCAAUGAUCACUAUUCCAUAUGUAUAUAAUCUACAACAUUUUAGUGAAGGAUGGGGAGAAAAUUUUGAAGAAAAAUUAGAAAUACGUAAAUGUAAUGAAGAAGUAUCCUAUGAAAAAAAAGAUGAUAAUUAUUAUCAUGGAUGGUUUUUUGGUUAUCAAGAUCGUGUACGUGCUAAACAAUUUGAUUGUCUCUCUGCUCAAGGCUUUGUUACUAUACUUGCUGAUCAUAUUAUAAAAAAUUUAACAUGGCCACAAGAUGUUAAUAAUGAAAAUCUAAUAAAAAGUAUUAUGUUUGAUCGAGCUGAAACAUUACUACACGUUGAUUAUGGUGGUUAUAAUUAUUGGCGAGCACGACGUAGUAUGCGAUAUGCAAGACGAUUAAUAAAUCUUGGUAAUCGUUUUCGUGCUGAUUAUUUAAAUUCUAUUGAUAUACAUGAUCGUACUAUACUUAUUGAUGAUUGGACUAAAAUGAAACGUCAUCAUGGUCAAGCACUUGGUGGUCCAUAUCUUGGUAUUCAUCUUCGUCGUCGUGAUUAUGUACAAGCACGUCCAGGACAUAUUCCAUCACUUGAACAUGCUGCAAAACAAUUAUGUUAUCAUCUUAAUCGUUUAAAUCUCUCACUUGUUUUUAUUGCAACAGAUGCUGAUGAGAAUGAAAUUGAUGAACUUCGUCAAUAUGCAUAUAAUAUAUGUAAUAUAUCUACGAAUCAGAUAUAUACUUAUAGACCAGAUGAAAAAAUUUUGGAAAAAAUUUUAGAUGGUGGAAAAGCAAUUGUUGAUCAAUGGAUAUGUGCACAUGCACGUUAUUUUCUAGGAAGUUAUGAAUCAACAUUUAGUUUUCGUAUUCAAGAAGAUCGAGAAAUAUUUGGUUUUGAACAAGAUUCAACAUUUAAUCGAUUAUGUGGUAAUAAUGAAGGUAUUUCAUGUGAAAAAUCAACUAUAUGGUCAAUUGUUUAUUAA